CUGGUAGUAGGAGGAGGCGCAGGCGGCUGUAGCGUUGCUUGGCGAUUGUCCAAAAAAUUAAAAGCCAAAGAAAUAGUUCUACUGGAGCCAUCAUUAGUUCAUUACUACCAGCCUUUGUUUUCGCUAGUGGCAGCAGGUAUGAAACAGUUCCCACAGAGUAAGAAACGGAUUCGGGAUGUACUGCCGCAAGGCGUUGUGUGGCUUAAAGAUCACGCUUAUGAUUUUGAUCCAUGCAAUAAUGUAGUGUAUACGCAAAGCGGAGAAAAAAUUUAUUAUGAUUUUAUGGUUAUGGCCGUUGGUUUAAAAAAUGACUAUAACAAGAUUCCAGGCCUUCUUAAAGAACUUAACAACCCUCACAGUUGUGUAACGACAAGCUACUCGCCACUAUACUGUGAGAAGACGUGGUGCUGCUUGCAGAGGUUCAAAGGUGGACAUGCUGUAUUCACCUUUCCACGUCAAGCAGGCAAGUGUUCUGGUGCAGCACUGAAGAUCAUGCUCCUCGCUGAUGAUUAUUGGAGAAAGCAAAAAACAAGAGAUUGUACCAACAUCACGUUCAAUACCGGUGGAAAUUCUCUGUUUGGUGUACAGAAAUAUUCAACAGCUUUAAACAAAAUUGUUUCUAACAGAGGCAUUGCUGUUAACUGCUGUCUCAACCUGACAGAACUGACCCCAAAUGGCGCAAGUUUCGCCAGCGAAGAUGGAAAGACUAUAACGUUUCCAUACAACUUUCUUCACGUGACACCGCCUAUGUCGCCGCCGGUCUGCCUCACAAAAUGCACAGAACUAGUCACAGACACUGGCUUUUUGGACGUGGAUAAGUACACCUUGCAGCACAGGAGGUUCUCAAACAUAUAUGGCAUUGGGGACUGUACCAGCACGCCGAAUAGUAAAACAGCCGCUGCUGUAGCUCGGCAGAGUUACGUCGUUGAACGAAACCUUUUAAGAACUAUGGAAGGGAAAAAACCACUUGUCAAGUACGACGGGUAUGGCGCCUGCACAGUGUUGACGUCUUUCAAAUCUGGUAUACUCGCAGAAUCGGUUUAUGAUAAAAAACCUCGUGAAACCUUCCCUUUCGAUCAGAGUAAAGAACAUAAGCUAGUCGGUUUUUUGACCAAAAACUACUUUCCACAUCUUUACUGGAAAAGAUUAAUAAAAGGCAAGUGGAAUGGACCGCAAACGCUACGUAAAGUCAUCAAUCCGCUGAGGAAAUAA